AUGGACUUGAUGAACACAUCGGAUGGGUCUUGUUGGCCUCUGGCGCAUUUAAAAAGAGAUACUAGACCGGUUUCCCCGGUUAAAAUUACCUCGCCCAAUACACCGUCGCCGCCCGAAGUCGAAGAGUAUGCGGCAUCAGAGAACGAGAACAAGGAAGACGAGGGGAAAGCUCCUAGCCCCUUCCUAGCCCUCCCCUUAGAGAUCCGUCUCGAGAUCUUCAAGUACCUACUCGUCCUACCCUCAAACGCCCCCUCUCCUUCGCAGAAAACAUACUACCAGUACGGGCAACGUCGGACGCCGUCGCCGCUGCACCCAGCAAUACUGCGCGCAAACCGGCAGCUGCACGCCGAGGCGUUACCUCUCCUAUAUCGGCGCAACACUUUCCUAGCGCACGACACAUUAUUAACAUCGCUUCCCCGACUACGCCGUGCCUACGACCCCGUGCUCUCGGCGCGCCUCUCCGGCCUUAUAACCCGUUUUCACGUGUGCGUGCGGCUGGACGCGGAGCCGGUGUACGACCGCGCGCAGGCGGCGAUGCAACUGAGUAAUAAGGAAGAGAUUGUUAUCGAUGCAUGGCAAGCCGUGUGGCGCGGCUCGGGCCCGGAUGCGUUACGGCUGUUCGAAGACGUACGGGGUGUGCGUCGUGCGAGGGUUAUUGGGAGCGUCGGCGGUUUCGAGGGUUACGCUAGUUGGCUGGAGCGCGCGAUGAUGCGCGAGCCUGGGAUUGAGAUUGAGCCCUUCUCUUGGGAUGCUGAUCGAGGGUCUGGAGGGACGAGUAUAUAG